AUGGAGGUCGGUGUACGGAUAAUAGGUAUCAUCCUACGACUUCUACACUUCUUGCUAGUACCCUUGUUCUGGAUGCGCGCGCGCAACACCAAGCAAGUGCCGCCGAUACGGGAUCCCAUAUUACUUAGAAGUGCGACGGAUUUGGCGGCUAAAAUACGAAACGGAGAACUAACAAGCGAAACAGUAACGCAAGCUUUCAUAACCCGAAUAGAAGAAGUGAAUAUUCUCUUGAAUGCGGUAGUAGAAGAUAGGUGUAAGGACGCGCUACAGGAAGCGAAAGAGUGUGAUAGCAGGAUUGCUGCGGCGAAAAGAGAUGGCACGAUGCAUCAACUGUUUGCGGGUAGACCACUUUUUGGGGUACCCUUCACGGUUAAGGAGAGUUGCUCUUUGGAAGGUCUAUCAAAUUCAGUGGGAUGCCUAGAAUUGGCCGGUCGACGAGCGACGAAGGACGGUGCAGCAGUUCACCUAGUGAAGAAGGCUGGUGGUAUUCCUCUGCUAGUCUCCAACACCCCUGAACUGUGUUUGGGAUGGGAAACAACGAACUUGUUAACUGGAACGACCAAUAACCCGUAUUGCUUGAAUAGGACGCCUGGUGGUUCUUCGGGAGGUGAGGCAGCAUUACUUGCCUGUGGGGCAUCCCCGAUCAGCGUGUCUUCAGACAUCGCGGGCUCCAUCCGAAUACCGGCUGCCUUCUGUGGGGUCUUCGGACACAAGCCUAGUCCGGGAAUAAUACCGAUAGAGGGACACAUACCCACUCUAAACGAUGAGAACUACAGCAAGUAUCUGGUAGUGGGGCCCAUGAGCAGACAUGCAGAGGACCUGACUUUGCUCAUGCGAGUCAUGGGUAACGGGAAAUGUGAGCAGCUCUUGCUCGACGAAGAAGUAGAUGUUAGCAAACUACAAGUCUACUACAUGACGGAAGCCAGCAGUUCUGCAGCACUGAUUCCAGUAGAAGCAGAACUAAAGGAGGCCGUCACUCAAGCCGCUCUUUACCUCCAGAGCCGUGGGGCUACGGUUUCGAAGCAUUAUUUGGAAGACCUAGAAGACUCGGUAGAGAUGUCGGUGUCCGUCUUCUUCUCCAUGAAGGACAUCCCCAACAUGCUCCAGGAUCCAGUUAAUCCGAAGCAAGACAAAAGCCUCUUGAUGGAGUUGAUAAAGUACAUCUUGGGCUUCGGAGUGCGAUCUCUGCAAGCUCUCGGCUUUACGCUCAUACAUCGGACCAAUUUGUUUAUUCCUGAGCAUCGAACCGUCCACUACCGGGAGAAGACUGAACGGCUGAGGCAGCACCUGCAGCGCCUGCUGGGCUCGAGCGGCGUGCUGCUGUCGCCGGCGCACAGCAGCCGGGCGCACGCGCACGGAGAGGUGUUCGUGCGCACGUCGGGCGUGGCCUACACCAUGCUGUGGAACGGAGCGGGCCUCCCCGCCACCGCCGUGCCGCUGCCCUCUGUGGGACUGCCCGUGGCCCUGCAGGUAAUAGCAGCGCCCAAUCAAGACAGGUUGUGUUUAGCCGUCGCCAGAGAGCUGGAGAGAGGCUUUGGAGGGUGGAAGUUUCCUACUGUUUAA